AAAAUUAAUUGACGGUGCGCGUAAGAACCAACGUUACGCCAAAAAAAAAAAAACCGACCCGACGAAGCCAUUAGCAGCCCCCGUAAUCCGAAUCAAGCACUGUAGAAGAACACUCAAGUUGCGUCAAUGCGUUGUGGUGUUCAUUUCUAUCGUUUGAGAGAGAGGGAGAUCCAUUCUAUAGACAACAAUUCCUUACGUUAUCGGAAAAUUUGAGACGAUGAAUAAGUUAUUGGAGUUUGGGAGGAAAGCAAUGUUCUACGUCAGGGUUUUGUCUGGGUACGAGGAACGUCGAAUCCGAUCGUACAGAUUGCAGCUUCAAAAGCGUCUUCAACACGCAGAAGAAAGGAAGGCAGCUGUACGAAAAAUCCCUGAACAAAUCAUAUUAACAGAGGUUCGCCGCAUGGUAGAGGAUAUGCAAGCGAUGAACAGAAAGUUAGAAGAGACAGAGGCGUCUAUUAACGAAUAUUUCAAGCCACUCGACAAGGAGGCUGAGAUCAUAAUGAAAACGCAGCUUGAUGGAGAGGAGAAGUCAAUGAAGGAGAUGAUGAAAGCCAUGCAAACACAGGCUUUGCUUGAGAAAGCUGAAGCAGAUAGAAUUGCGACUUUGAAAAACGCUGAAGCCGAUGGGAUCGAGACUGCAAAAAUUGCAGAGGCAAACCAACAUAUUGAGGAAAAACCAUCUGCAUCCACAAAACAAGCUGAAGUGCGAUCAUUCACAUAACGUUGAUGGCUACAUAUACAGAAUUUGCACUUAAUGGUCCGUCCUCUUCUAUUCACCCCCCUGCUGUUGUUGAAAUUUGAAAUGAUUUUGGCAGUGCCAAACCGGCCAUAUUUACCAUUUAGCCCUUCAAUAAGGCCUUUUUAUUUGAUCCUCCCAUGUAGAGAUGAAAUUUUUUUACUUCAACGUUGAAGGGCUAACUCUUUCCUCAAGUUUGUAGUAUAGGUUUGCAGCUGUUUUUAAAUUGUACCUCUAAUUUCGUGUUGGUGUUGGAAAUUUAAAUGCAUUUCGGCCCGCUGUUUCGGACA